ACCAAGUAACCUCUAAGCUCUAGCAAAAACACACAUAAUUUGCACAUCCCACAUUUUCACAAAAAAGAAAAAAAAAUGGCUAAGGCUAUUGCAUCAUCAUUCAUUGGUCUUCUCUUCAUCACUUUGAACCUUCUCUUCUUCACAAUGGUUACUUCAACUUACAUCCCAUGUCCACCAAAGACUCAACACAAGAACCACCCCCCAUCAAUAUCCAAGGGUGGUUACCAUAAGUGCCCAAAGGACACACUAAAAUUAAAGGUGUGUGGCAAUUUAUUGAAUGACUUGGUGCAUGUUGUUGUUGGAAGCCCAUUAUUGUCAUCAAAGAGUUCAUGUUGUUCUCUAAUUGAGAAUCUUGCUGAUGUUGAUGCUGCUGUUUGUCUUUGCACUGCCAUUAAAGCUAAUGUCUUGGGAACUCACAUUAAUGCUGCUCUUUCACUCACCUUGUUGCUCAACAACUGCGGAAAGACUGCACCUAGAGGUUUCAAAUGCGCGUAAAUAUGUAAUUGAACCAUUUCUAUGUUUUUGCAUUCGUUGUCAACAACUUCUUUUUUCGUUUGGAUUUAAGUUAUAUGUACUGACAGUGUAAAUUAUUUUUUUACACUAUCAGAAUUAAUGUGUGUGUAAUUGUGUAUGCAUGGUUGCUUAUUUUCUCAGGAAAUAUGUGAGAGUUAUUCUAUUUGGUUUGAAGGAAGGCUCCUUUCCUAUCCUUCUUUUCGGUCUGUUAUAUCUAUAUAUAUCCCAUUUUUAUUAGUAAUGAAA